AUGGAUUCAGGUCAUAAACUUCGUUCCAGAGAUGCAAGUACACUUAUGUCAAGAGGAAAGAAUAACGAAGGUGAAGAUCACAAACCUAUUGUUGCACCUUCAGGAUCGAUUUUCACCUCUCUUCCCAUUGGUUCGACCGGUCAAGAAGUUCCAGCUUUUUGGACAGUAAAUCCAAACAAUUCUUCCGCCAAACAUGCAUACAUUAUGAUUCAUGGAAAGCUACGCAAUGGUGGUGAUUAUUGGACAACGAUGAACAACAUUUUACAAGAAUCAGCAAAAGCUAAUGUUCCGGGUGCAAGUGAUUCAGCAAUCGUUGUCGCACCUCAAUUUUUCUCAAAGAAGUACAAUUCAGGUGAAUAUACAAGCAAGAUGCUCGCUUUUGCUGAUGUGAACGGUUGGCAAGCAGGUGAUCCUGCUAUUUAUCCACCAGGAACAAAGUUGACCUCUUUUGAUGCUUUGGACGCACUCGUUGACGAAUUCAUGAACCAAUCCAAAUAUCCAAAUUUGCAAAAUAUCACCGUUGUCGGACACGGAGGAGGUGGUCAAUUGAACCAAAGAUAUGCAAUGGUUGCCAAAAAUCCAAAGAGUACUACACCACACAUUCGCUACAUUCAUGGAGACCCAUCAUCUUGCGCAUACUUUACCAAGAAUAGACCAAUGAAGAUGAGCGAUGGAGAUAAAUUGCCAAGUCGCAAGAGUUGCAAAUAUUAUAAUACAUGGCGUUAUGGCUUUGACAACUUUACCGGAACUGCAGAUGGACUAAAGACGCCCAAACAAUACUUCCAACAAUACAUUACCCGUGAUGUUAUCUCGAUUGUGGGCUAUCAAGAUGUCCUAGCAAACGGAGAUAAUUAUUGUAUGGCUCAAAUGCAAGGAGGCUCAAAGAGACGUGAUCGUAAUUUGAGUUGGUGGCAAUACGUCAAUACAUUGGCAAGAACCAAUGAAGAUUUAAAGGGAUUCCCGGCCACAUAUGGUAAAUUACCUGAUUGGUCCGAUAUCUCCCACAAUCAAAUCAAAUUACGAUUGAGUGUGGUCGAAAAUGCAUCUCAUAGUGCCGAAGAGGUCUUUAGCUCCCAAGAAGGACGAUCGGCACUCUUUUCGAACGAUGUAUUACCCGGCUGGAGACCGCAAGGAUGGGUUCCGGCAUCAUCAUCAUCAUCAAAAUUACAAACUUCUGCGCCAACCUAUUCCAAUAGUCAAGCACGUUCGGUAUCAACACCCUCAGGCGGUCAACAAACCACAGCUGAACAUGAUACUCUGCAAUCUUCGGCAAUCCGAAUGACCUCAAGUGGAAUGACAAUUUGUGGAAUUGUUCUAUUUCUUUCUUUGGCUUUCUUAGCAUUGUCGCUUUGA